UUUUAAUUGGAGCUAACCGUUGUGCUCCUCCUCCUCUCCCUUUAUUAAUACCGGCCAUAUUUGCCUUAUUUUUGGCUACGGUGGUGUGAAAUAUGGAAAGUGAGUCGAAAUCGAUGACAAAUACAGAGGACGACGAAGUGGAAGAAAAAGAAUUUACCGCUCAGGGUGUUUUAUUGGCGAUAGAAAAAGCCUGGUUGAAUGAGAAAUUUGCACCUGAGAUUUUACCUCAUCAGUCUGAGUUAGUUGACUGUAUGUUGCAACAAAUCACCCACAUGGAGGAAAACAUGAAGAGGUUAGAAAAAGGGGACCUAAGAUUAAUGAUUCACAUGAUGGAGUUAGACAGGAUUAGAUUUUUGGUAUCUAGCUACCUUAGGACUCGAUUAGAAAAAAUUGAAAAAUAUGUUAUUCACAUACUUUCCCAAGAAGCUGAUAGAUCUUUGGAAGAUUGUUAUCUAACUUCUGCGGAGCUUCAGUUUGCAAAAGACUAUCUUGCAAGCAUUGAAACACUUUUUAAAGCCACUGCUUUGAGUCACAUGCCUGGAAAUUUUCAAGGAUUUGAAAAGGAGCAGUUAAUUGUGAAACCUAAUAUGCAUGCAUAUAUAUUUUUACAGUCUAAUGAUAGAAUUAAUGGAGUUGUACUACCUGGAUCAUUAGAUGAAGAAAUAAAUUUUGAACCAGGUUCUGCACACAUUGUACCAUAUAAAGCUGUUGCAGAUUUAGUUAAAGUGGAGCUGUUCAAUUAAUAUAAUUUCUUGCAUACAUUAAUAUUUCACAAGGAAUAUUUUAUAACAGAAAUCAAACAAACUUACAUUUUUUAUAAAAACAGUGGUCAAUAAAGUUUGUUAAAUGAAAUAUAUAAGACUGAUACUUUUCUAGGAGAUAUUUAUAUAAAGUUAGAUUAUUAAAAAUAAAUUAUAAUAGAAGUUUUGGAAGAUUUUUAAGUACUAUUAUUAAAAAAGAAACUAAAUAAUCAUAUAUUACAUUUAUACAAUAUUUAAUAUAAUAAUCUUUUGAACAUUGUACAAUAUUGUUUAUAAAAUCAUGUGUGUUGGAACAUUAAAGCAGAAUAUACAAAAUAUGUUUUGUGAUACACAAUGUUCAAAGAAUAUCAAAAUAUUACUAUACAAGGUACAAUAAUCUUUAACAUUUGAUUCUUUGCAAAUGGACUAAUGUUGACAUAAAAAAAAUAUUUCAUUAUAUUACUGCCACUAUGUCAUGUUAUAUAAUAAAUCUAUAUUGAUUUAAUAGGAACAAUAUUGGUAAGUGUCAAAGUUACAUGAGAUCUAAGCUCAUAUAUUAAGAUUUUCAAAAAACAUUACAAAAUUAAGUAUCUGAUUUUACAAUGAUUCUACCUACAUUCUAAAGAUUAUUUUAAAGUCUGUAAUUACAAAGAUACGUGUACACUGCCUUUUAAAAUAAUUAAAUAAGUACAUAAAAAAGUA